AUGGCGGAACUCACAAGCACGAAGCUCAAUGCGGAGUCGCAUCUCCUUCUCGACCAACCUCUCCUCCGCAUGCCCUACGAGCUCUCCCGGCGCAACUUCAAGAACGCCCAGCGCGUCAUCGAGCAUUCCUCCAGCAACCUCACCACCUCACUGACGGCCGCCACCAAAGCCGCCUCCAAGGGUGCCUCGCCAGAAGCCACACUCGACUCCCUAGACUCGAUGAUUAGCAAGAUGCAGGGCCUAAAACGCAAACUAGAAAACCUCCACGAGGAAGAAACGCGUAUCCACCGCUCCGCAAAGGCGCGCUUACAACACCUGCAAGACCUUUACGAAAUUCAGAGCCUCGUCGACGUAAAGUACGAUGAGUGGUCUCGAACGCGAUUAAGCCGUUUACUCGUUGACUACCUGUUGAGGGAAGGGUAUGCGGAGAGUGCGGCGUGUUUGGCAAAGAGUAAAGGGAUUACAGAGCUCGUGGAUGUAGAUGCUUUUGUUGCGUGUCAUCGGAUUGAGAAGAGUCUGAGGGAAGGCAUGAGUACGUCUUUGGCACUCGAGUGGUGUAAGGAGCAUGGUAAAGAACUUAAGAAGGGCGGCAGUAUGUUGGAGUUUGAGUUGAGGUUGCAGCAGUAUAUUGAGUUGGUUCGGCAGGGGCAUGAGGCUGGGUUGAGCGGAAUGGAUGGACUGGAGAUGCAGGAUGACGGUAUGCAUGGUGUUAGUGUUGGGGGUGGAGGUGGAGAAACAAAACUGGUGGAGGCGAGGGCUCAUGCUAAAAAGUAUUUGAGUACGAGCGGCGAUUUUGAAUUGAUGAGAAGGGCGGCGGGUAUGUUGGCGUAUAGGCCUUGGGAUGAGGUGGAACCUUAUGCUUCUCUCUACUCGACAUCGCGGUGGUCACAUCUAGCCGACGUCUUUGUCCAGACACACCACAACCUCUACGCCCUUCCUCCGCGACCGCUCCUCCACGUCGCCCUGAGCGCCGGUCUCUCUGCUCUCAAGACACCUGCUUGCCAUUCCGCCUACACACCCUCUUCUACAAAUGCCGCUUCCUCCACUACAACCGUCUGCCCGAUAUGUAGCACCGAGCUCAACGAGCUAGCGCGCAACGUCCCCUACGCUCUCCACACCAAAUCGAUCGUUGAAGAUGGACCUGUCGUACUGCCAAACGGUCGUAUAUACGGUUCCGAGAGACUCCGCAUCUUCAAUGAAAAAGUCGGAACGGAAGAAGGCUUCGUAAGAGAUCCAGCUGGCGGAUUAAGUGGUGAGAGAUGGCAUGAGAGCGAGGUCCGAAAGGUGUAUGUUAUGUGA